AAGCCUGUCGACAUUGGCUGAGGUGAGAAAGUGAUCAGUAAUCGACAAGGUUCAGACCCCCAGGCUUCCCUCAUUACAAAUCCUCAACGACAGAGCUACAGCAGCUUCCACAGACCCGAAAGUUCUUAAAUAAACUACACAUGUCCCGCUACAGUGGAUCCAAACGAUCCGCCUUCAUUAUGACUUUAUCUCACUGAUUGUGGACCGUCUGCGCACGCUGCACUUUCUCCUCCGCCUCAUCCUCCAAGGUACCGAGUCUCCCGACACCUUUGCAGCACUAGCGCCCAAGGCUGCGAUUAGAAUCCAGGAAUGCCGAGGCAGAACUACGAGAUUAGCAACGUCGGCGAGGGACCCAGUAUUCUAGACCAGAUGGAGAUCCUGAACGCCGAGACGUAUAAUGAUGAGGCUGCCGUGUCGAUUGCGCGCAGUUUGACGGAGCUGGCGAGGCAGCGACCGGGGCCGGCCCCGCAUAUGUUUGGGAUGACGGGGGGGUUUGAGGCGGUUACGGAGAGGAGGGUGGAUGUGCCGAGGGGGCCGGCGCAGAGGGUUGAGGUGAAGGAGACGAAGACUAGGAAGGUGAGGAAGGCGAGGGGUGCGAAUCCGGGAGAGGAGGAGGACAAGGGUGGAAGGAGGAGAAAGAAGCAGAAGCUGAGCGAGGAUGAAGAUGGUGAUGAGGAUGAUGCUUCUAAGAAGUCGAGGGGGCGCCCGAGGCUUGACACUAAGGACGAGACGGCUGCAGAUCGCCGUCGAACACAGAUUCGCCUAGCACAACGAGCCUAUCGCCACAGGAAAGAAACAACCAUCUCGUCGCUAGAAUCACAGGUCGAGAAGCUACAGAGUACGGCCGAAGCAAUGAAUAGCGCCUUCCUCGGGCUCUAUGAUUUUGCAUCGUCGCAGGGUCUUCUACAGCGAGAACCAGAGUUUGCACGGCAAUUACAGGCGACAACUCAGCGAGUCCUGGAACUGAGCAAGGCAGCCGCUGCAGAUCAGCCCAGCCACGAUGACGACUCUAGCCACGCUGAUGAAAAGAACCUUGACAACCAAGUCGCUGUUGUCAAAUCUGAAUCCAAGAGGUCAAAAGCACAGACGCUGAGCCCUCCAGAAAAGGCCAUGCCCAUUCUUGGUAGACCAGCUUGGGGCAAUGACUCUCCAAGCCACGCAGAGGAAUAUUUCUUCCAGCAAACUUUCAACCAAAUGCCACUUCCAAACCAACUGCCAGUGGAAGGCCAGAUUAAUAACCUGCCAAGCCUCGACGAUGACAACUUUGUCCUGACUGAAACCGAUAUAAAUCAAUUGCGAGGCGAAGCCGCUGGCAUGAACCCAUACCAGUUCAACCUCGGAAUUGGCAACGAUCAAGUCCUCACUUCACCAACCUCUUUCGCAAGCUUUGAGACCAGUUUCGCACGGCGUCUUCACCGCACCUCGAACGAACGCGGCUUUCGGCUCCUCACGAAUCCUCACUCGAACCCCCUAAUUCUCAAGAGAGUGUUUGGGUUCUCACUCCUUUUCCGGACCAAAGAACAGCUACUGGCGUCGCUGGUCGCAAAAAUGGAACGCGGGUCAUCUAAAGAACUGCUGAAUCAUUGGUCAGCACCCUUCGUGCACGUUGGCGGAUCAGGGACGUAUUAUCCGCUGCCCGAAGAGGAUAUCUCGAGUAACCUGAUGCCCAAAGUGAGGACGGGCCGAUCAAUGGGGCCUCUUACGACAAAUGCUAUGUCGGCGCGGGAGAAACAUAUGAUCGAUAACUUCACCUGUAGCGCGGAAGGAUUUGAAGGGAAAUACUUCGACGCGAACGAUGUGGAGAGUUACCUGAGAGGCAAGGGUAUUGACAUUGCGCCACAUACAGAAUAUGUUACAGUCAAUUUGGACAUGGUAUCACUGGAGGGCAUGCCAGCUGCGCCGGUACCUUCCAACUUCAGCACAGACACCAGUAAUUCUAUUUCACCUAGAACGCCGCUGAGCCCUAGUGCUAUGGGGACCUCGAAUGGAGACCAAAUUCCGCAAACACAGACAUUUGAGGAGGUAAUGGAGGAAAUCCAGAUGACGAUCGAUUUCACAUCUGGAUCAAUGUAUCAGAAUGCCGCCUCGAAUUGGGCGAAUUCAACCCCUCCGAACCUUGUAAAUAACAACGACGGCAACAACAAUAGUAAGCAAUCGCCAGCUCUGAACGCAUUUGACCUCAGGGGCCCGAUCUUCGACGCAGGACCCGAUAAACUGGGCUCGAAUGACUACGAUAACGCGUCGUCGUCGACUUUAAAUUCCCCGCGGCUUGUGACGCUCAGUGUUGCGACCUUGGUACGACAUAUAUCAAAAGAGGGAGUUUGCCUUGGUAGAGCACCGGGAUUCAGGCCCCGGGAUGUCGAUCGGGCUCUACGUAGGACUAUUGGGGAAGCUUUCGAGUAUUAGAAACAACCCUUAUUAUGAGGAAACCUUCACGAGUGUACGAAUUUGGGCAGGGGUUGGCAUGUGAUUUUUGGGAGGAAACUAAGUGUUUUGGCGUUUGGGGAUGGUUCAAGGGAAGGGGGGUCGGUGACAGGACUGACAAGGGGCAUGGGCUCAAAUGUAACAACAAUAUGGUGUUGUUGCACUGUAGAUUACCACCAACUCUUUAAAUAGCUUUAAUCAAUGAAUAAACUGCGGAGCUUAAGCUGUUG